CCGCCGCAGCCCAGCUCAUUCAGUCCGGUUGGGAGUGGUGUGGUUCCCGAUCAAGAUGGCGGCUGUGGGGCGGGUAGGCUCAUUUGGUUCCUCUCCGCCGGGACAUGGCUCGGCUUACUCUGGCGGCCCACUGGCCCACGAGCUGGCGUCGGGCAGUGGCGGCCCCGCAGCGGGCGACGACGAGGACGGGCAGAACCUUUGGUCCUGCAUCCUCAGCGAGGUCUCCACGCGCUCGCGCUCCAAGCUCCCGGCGGGAAAGAACGUGUUGCUGCUGGGUGAAGAUGGAGCUGGAAAAACAAGCUUAAUAAGAAAAAUUCAGGGAAUAGAGGAAUACAAGAAAGGAAGAGGAUUGGAAUAUUUGUACUUCAAUGUGCACGAUGAAGAUAGGGAUGAUCAAACAAGAUGUAAUGUAUGGAUCUUAGAUGGAGACCUAUAUCACAAAGGGCUCCUUAAAUUUUCACUGGAUGCCAUUUCUCUAAAAGACACUCUGGUUAUGCUGGUCGUUGAUAUGUCAAAGCCGUGGACUGCUUUGGAUUCUUUACAGAAAUGGGCAAGUGUUGUGAGAGAACAUGUUGACAAGUUGAAAAUUCCUCCUGAAGAGAUGAAAGAAAUGGAACAAAAGUUGAUUAGGGACUUUCAAGAAUACGUAGAACCAGGAGAAGACUUUCCAGCUUCUCCUCAGAGAAGAAACACUGCAGCACAGGAGGACAGAGGCGACAGUAUCGUUUUACCUCUGGGUGCGGACACACUUACACAUAACCUGGGCAUUCCGGUACUAGUAGUUUGCACCAAGUGUGAUGCCAUUAGUAUACUGGAGAAAGAACAUGACUACAGAGAUGAACAUUUUGACUUUAUCCAGUCACAUAUCCGGAAGUUUUGUUUACAGUAUGGUGCAGCACUUAUUUACACUUCAGUAAAAGAAAACAAAAAUAUAGACUUAGUGUAUAAAUACAUUGUUCAAAAACUCUACGGAUUUCCCUAUAAGAUUCCUGCUGUUGUUGUGGAAAAGGAUGCAGUAUUUAUUCCAGCAGGAUGGGAUAAUGAUAAGAAAAUAGGAAUAUUACAUGAGAAUUUUCAAACACUAAAAGUAGAAGAUAAUUUUGAAGACAUCAUAACUAAACCACCUGUUCGAAAGUUUGUACAUGAGAAGGAAAUUAUGGCAGAAGAUGACCAAGUGUUUCUUAUGAAGUUACAGUCCCUUUUAGCAAAGCAACCACCAACUACAGCUGGAAGGCCUGUGGAUGCAUCACCAAGAGUCCCUGGUGGCUCCCCUCGAACACCAAAUAGAUCUGUGUCAUCCAAUGUUGCCAGUGUGUCACCUAUCCCUGCUGGCUCAAAGAAAAUCGAUCCAAACAUGAAAGCUGGAGCUACCAGUGAGGGUGUUCUGGCGAACUUCUUCAAUAGCCUGCUGAGUAAAAAGACUGGCUCUCCUGGGGGCCCUGGCGUUGGUGGCAGCAGCCCUGGGGCUGGAGGUGGAAGCAGCGCUCUACCACCAUCUGCCAAAAAGUCAGGUCAGAAGCCUGUCUUAUCAGACGUUCAUGCAGAACUAGACAGAAUUACACGGAAACCAGUCCCAGUUUCUCCUACAACACCCACAUCUCCUACAGAAGGAGAAGCUUCUUGAAGAUACCAAAUAAAGCCAUGUACUCAGUUUUCUGGGAUAAUGUAAACUUGCCUCUGCCUUUUCUUUAAAGGUGGAAUUAGGGAGCUGGAGUGCUUUACAGACAAUUAAGUUUAUGUCUGAUUUUUUUUUUUUGUGGCUACCCAUUUUUGUAAAAGGAGCUAUACAAAGAAACCUUAUUCUACAUUGUGUGGAAUUAUUAUUUGCAUUGCCAUUUUGCAUAAGGAAGCAAUUUGGGAUUUUGAAAAUGUUGGAAUUUAUAGACCUGAAAUAGAACCAUGUAAUCAUAUUCUAAAGGUUAUAGAAACCAUACACAAGGGUUUGGGGAAGGGCAGAAAAUAUAGUUUGGGCAUAUGACUGACUUGAAAGUCCAAACUUGUUUUAGUUAAGAUUAUUAAAAUUGUUUUAAAAAUAAUUGUGUGUUUUGCUGAAACAGAAAACAUGAUCAAUUGUCACACCAACAUAAAUAAACACACACACAUAGGGGAAAUACUAAGAAAAGUAUCAGAUAGUGUGUGACAAAUUAGUCAUUGUCUUAAUCAGUGAGGAAUCAUCAAAAUAUGAUUUAGGAUUAUUGGCCAACACGUUUCUUUUAACUGCAAAAGAAAGAAAGCACACUGCCUAAAUGUGUAAAAGAAAAAUGCAGAGGUUAUAAAAAUGUAAAGAGAUAACAGUCUUUGGAUUUGUUUAUACAUAUAUAUAUCUAUAUAUAUGGCUCUGCCUUAAUAUACUCCUUUUUUGUUUGUGACUUUCAACUGUAAUCAGUUAAUAAAGUAUUUAUUCUCUGCA